AUGGCCCUUGCAAACGGUUUGGCUGGUGCUCUUCCUCUCAGAGCCAAUUUGGAGAGCUUUUGCUAUGUCAAGGGAAUCUCCAUGUUCUCCAACCAGAGCCAGAACGAAAUGGUCUACACAGAAUCCGCCAAGGAAUGCUGGGAGCUCUGCACCGUCUACGAAGAGUGCAAAAACUGGACGUUCCACUACGACAACCACGGUCACUCAAACGUCCGAGGUCACAAGAACGGAACUCACAAGUGUCUUUUGAUCACCUCCGAUGAUGCCCCAGUCAUCUCUGAGGACAGCAAUGCUGUUUCUGGAUCGCACAUGUGCGGCGAUAACGACUGUAUGAUGAGCGCGGUCGAAUUCCAAGGAGCAGACCAAGAUCUCGACCCCAAGUUCAAGAAAUUCACCGCUGCCGUCGAGGGCUGCCAAUGGAUCUGCGACAUGAUCCCCGAAUGCAUGCUCUACGACUGGAACGAGAACACUAACGAAUGCCGAUUGAAGAAUUCAGGAGCCAAGGCCUACGUUUCCACGACCUCUACUGCUGGAAGCCACAAUUGUUAA